AUGGAGUUGGCUGAAUCAAACUAUGCUCUUAUAUCAAGCCCAUACGAUAGUUUUAUGCGAAAACAUCUUCAACACUAUGGCUAUUUUACCGGUCGAAGUGAAAUCGUGAAAAAAUAUGGCUUUGUUCCGUCGAAGUCUCAACUUAUAUCAUCAUCAAGUGAUUCUGAAUCGAGUUCCGGUGAUGAAGAACAAGCAAUAAAUAGUGAUCGUCGAUCUCCUCAGGAGACUUCUGAAUAUAAAGGCAAACCAUUUGUUCCAGAUCGACGAUUACCUGUACGACAAACUCGUAUUUCAUAUAAUUUAACUUUACGAAGUCAAAAUGAUGAAAAUUCAUUUGAACCACGGUGGCCCAUUGAAAUCGAAGUUUUAACUGAAGCACGUGUUAAACAUAUUAAUGUAUCACCAAAACAACCAGAACUUUUCUAUAAACCAACUACUGAUCAUAUGCCAUUUGUUCGUAGUUAUGAUGAGAAUAAUGGUCGCAUUGUCUUUAAUUACAAUCCAGAAACAUGUGGUUAUUUUAUUCGAUCUCGAAUUGGUGGUAAUAGAGAAGGUUGUAGACCAGCUGCUGUAGCAAUUCGAAAUUCUGAAGAUACAACUGUAUUAUUUGAAUCUCGUUUUGAAAGUGGAAAUCUAAUGAAAGCUGUUCAAGUUGGUGAAUUUGAAUAUGAACUAUAUCUUCGAUAUGAUCUUUAUACAAAACGUAAUACACAAUGGUUUUAUUUUCGUUUACAAAAUAUUCGAGCUAAUAAAAGAUAUCGUUUCACUAUUGUUAACUUUUUCAAACCGACAAGUCUUUAUAGUAAUGGCAUGAAACCUUUGAUGUAUAGUGUAAAUGAUGCAGAAAAUAAAAGUAUUGGUUGGCGACGAUGGGGCGAAGAAAUAGUCUAUUAUAGAAAUAAUUUACCUGCACCUGAUAAUCCUUCAUCAAAUAUGUAUUCACUCACUUGGACAUGUAAAUUUCCAAAUGAUAAUGAUACAUAUUAUUUUGCUCAUUGUUAUCCAUAUACAUAUUCUGAUUUACAAGAUUAUUUAAAUGAUAUUCAAUCUGAUCAUAUAAAAAGUCAAUAUUGUAAACAAAAAGUUCUUUGUCGAACAUUAGCUGGUAAUUCUGUUUAUUUAUUAACAAUAACAAGUCCAACAAUAACAAUAAAUCCUACAAAUGUAUCCACAUCAUCUGAACAACAAAUGAAAAAAGGUGUUGUUGUUACAGCACGUGUUCAUCCUGGUGAAACAAAUGCAUCAUGGAUGAUGAAAGGUUUAUUAGAUUUUUUACUUGGUGAUUCAGCUGAUGCACAACUUCUUCGAGAUAAUUUUAUUUUUAAAAUUAUUCCAAUGCUUAAUCCCGAUGGUGUUAUCGUUGGUAAUUAUCGUUGUUCACUAGCUGGUCGAGAUUUAAAUCGAAAUUAUAAAACAAUAUUGAAAGAUGCUUAUCCAUCUAUUUGGCAUACAAGAGAAAUGGUCAAAAGAUUUAUGACUGAAACAGAACUUAUUCUUUAUUGUGAUUUUCAUGGACAUUCAAGAAAACAAAAUGUUUUCAUUUAUGGUUGUGAAAAUAAACAUUUACCAAAUGAACGAUUCAAAGAAAGAAUUUUUCCAGCAAUCUUAUCGAAAAAUGAUCCAACUAAAUUUUCAUAUUAUUCAUGUAAAUUUAAAGUACAAAAAAAUAAAGAAGGAACUGGACGUGUAGUGAUGUGGGCAAUGGGUAUUAUGAAUAGUUAUACAUUAGAGGCUACUUUUUGUGGAUCAACACAACAGAAUCGAGCAGGUCAUCAAUUUACUACAGAAGAUCUUGAAUCUAUCGGUUAUCAUUUUCUUGAUUCUUUACUUGAUUAUUGUGAUCCAGAUCAUACUAAACGUGAUCGAAUAUUGAAUGAAUUAGAAGAUAAUUUACGACAUGCAAUUCAAAUGAAACUUCUUUCACGUGGUAUUAAUGCACCAUCAUUAGAUGAUAUUGAUCUAGAUCAAUGGUCAUCUGAAGAUGAUUCGAGUGAUGAUGGAGGAUCGGAUUCAUCAAUUGAUGAUGGUCUACCAAAACAUUUAGAAGUUAUUGCUGCUGCUAAAGUUCAAUUGAAAAAAACUCGAAAGAAAAAAUCAACUACAAAAGCAUCGAAAGAAUCAAAAAGAAAAGAUGAAAAUGAUAAAGAAAAUAUUGAAAAAACCAAAACUGUUGUUGGCUUACCCUUAUCCAAAUCUCGUAAUACCCGCUUUCCAACCAUUGAUUUAUUAGAAACUAGUAUUCUAACAGCUGAAAAUAAUGAUAGUUUAGAACAGACUGUUCUUGAAAAAAGACGACGACGAAGAAAACGUCGUGGAUCUGAUUCUUAUCUUGUUUGUAACUGUUAUGCAUGUUUAAAUGCUCGACCUUCUCGUAUGGAAACAUCAUUGGUUGAUAAUACACGUAAACCAACACCACCUUUAAUACAACGAGUUGAUACUAAUAGUGAUUCCACACGAAAUGAUGGAUCAAAUGAAACGAAUAAUCGAACAAGUCGAUGGCCAGUAUUAUCAAGAACAAAUAAUACAACUAAUCGAAUGACACCAAAUGAUGAAAGAGCACAACAGUCACAGGCUGAAUAUUACAAAAUUUUAACUCGAGAUGUGCCACUUACUCAACGAGAUAAACGUCAACUAUCUCAACAGCUUUCAGAUGAUGAUGUCCUACUAACAUCUUCUUCACUUUUUCCAUCACAGCCAUCAUCAGGAAAAAAUACAUCUAAACCAGAAUAUGCACUUCGCUAUUCUUCUAUGUCCUCAUCUCAAACCAAUAUAACAAAUGAAAUACAUUUAGUUAACGAACCUCGGGAUGCUUUUACUGCUACUUAUUUGCUUCGACGACUUAAUUGGAUUGAACGUGAAUCAGUUACAAAUGCAACAAGUCUUUCAACAACUAUGUAUCCAUUGUUAGCAUCAAGUUCUCGUAUUGAUGAAAAUAAUUCUAUUGAAGUAAUUAUUGAAAAUGAAGGUGAAUUAGAUGUAAGUCGAAUAACAACAGGAAAUCAAAGUGAUGAUGGACGACAACAACAACAACUUAAUAAUUAUGUCACUCAUCGAGUUUCUACACAUUUAAAUGAACGUUUAUUAGGUAUACCUCGAUCUCAAACACGACCAAAAUCAUCAACCAUAAUUAAUUUACAAAAUCGUUCUAUUCUUGAUAUACGAGCAAUACAACCACCGAUUCAAACAUCAAAUCCAAAACGUAUUACUGAACAAUAUCAACAACAACGUCAAAGAGUAACAGCGGGUGUUGGUAAACAAAAUUCUGCUGAAUUAGUUGAUAAAUCAAAUAUUUUAACAACGCGUUCUUUAGCAGUACAAGUGAACGACAGAAAAGCAGAUGAUACAUCAUCUAAUCGAGAUAAUUCAUCAUCAACUAUUGACAGACUUGUUCCUAUACGACCAGAUAAUGUACCAAUUAAUCUUGUUUCUCGUUAUGACACUGCAACAUUAAAUCAUUUAACACCAUUAAAUAGAAUACAGACAAUCAGGGCAUCAAGUGUGAAAAAAUCAUCCAAAUGA